AUGAGAAAAUACUGCAUUGUUGACGGUGUAUUUGUUGUAGGUAUAUUUAGCGGAUUCUCAUUUACUUUAGAUUAUCGAUGUAUCGAUAACAAUGACACCAAGAGGCUACGAAAGGCGACAUUUGAUUAAAUUGAGGAUGCCUUACUUUUGUGGCUGAAACAGGCUAAAUCACAUGGGGCCGCCGUUGGCGGACCUCUGCUUAAACAGAAAGCAAAUGAAUUAGCCACAGAACUUGGCCACGAGGGUUUCCAAUGCAGCGAUGGUUGGCUUGACCGAUUCAAAAGAAGAAGAGCAAUAACAUUUCGUAUAGUAAGUGGUGAAGCAAACUCAGUAUCAAAAGUUAUUGUUGAUGAUUGGCUUUGCAACAAACUACCCAGUCUGCUGGAAGAAUAUGACCCAAAGGAUGUAUUUAAUGCAGAUGAAACAGGACCUUUUUUUAAGAUGCUUCCUGAUAGGACCUAUACAUACAAAGGCGAUAAUUGUCAUGGUGGUAAGAGAAGUAAGGAGCAAAUAACUCUGAUGAUCGCAGCAAGCAUGGAUGGCUCGGAGAAGCUACCUCUGCUAGCAAUUGGUAAAUCAGCUAAGCCACGUUGCUUCAAGAAUGUAAGACAUCUUCCAGUUGAGUAUAAAUCCAACAGAAAAGCAUGGAUGAUAUCUGCUAUAUCAAGAUAAAAUAAGUUCAUUAUUUUAUCUUGGCUAUAUUUAUAGAAUGGAAAUGUGCUGAACCUCGAAAGAAAAUUUUCAAAGGAAGGAAGAAAGGUGCUCCUUAUUGUCGACAAUUGUAGUGCACACGACCAACACAUUGCCACAAAACUCAAUCAAUCCAGUUGGAGUAUUUGCCCCCAAACUGUACCAGCCGACUACAGCCAUAUAGCAUGGGCAUCAUCAAAAACCUUAAAAUUUUCUACCGCAAGCGCCUGCUGUCAAAACUCAUCAGAGCAAUUGAAGAAAAAAACUCAGAUGAUAUCACUGUGAAUAUUUUGGAGUGCUUGCGCUGGUCAAAGUCAGUCUGGGAGAAUGAGGUCACCCAAGAAACAAUUGCCUAGAAUUCAAUACUUUUCAAACCAUGUAACCUAUAGCUG